AUGAAAUUGUUCGUCGCGUUUUUUGCCGUGAUCGCGGUUGCAGCCGCCGUUGAUGUGCCUACCAAUGAUUAUUUGCCGCCUGCCGAAACGGUUGCAUUUGAACAAGUCGCUGUAGAACCGCAGGAAGCUGCCGUCCUCGCUGAUGAUGGCUACCGUUACAAGACCGUGCGUCGUCUGAAAUACCGCCAUCGUCGUGAUGUCAACGAGCUCGUCUCCAACGAAUACUUGCCUCCAGCAGCCAGCGCUCCCGUUGCCGUUGCCGAGCAACAAGUUUUUGUUGAGCCACAGGAAUCCGCCGUCCUCGCUGAUGAUGGCUACCGCUACAAGGCCGUACGUCGUCUGAAAUACCGCCAUCGUCGUGAUGUCAACGAGCUCCCCUCCAAUGAGUACUUGCCUCCAGCAGCCAGCGCGCCCGUAGCUGUCGUCGAACAACAAGUAUAUGCUGCACCACAAGAAUCCGCCGUCCUCGCCGAUGACGGCUACCGCUACAAGGCCGUACGUCGUCUGAAGUACCGUCCCCGUCGUGAUGUCAACGAGCUCCCUUCCAACGAUUAUCUGCCACCAGCAGCCAGCGCUCCCGUAGCUGUUGCUGAGGAACAAGUAUACUUUGCACCACAAGAAUCCGCCGUCCUCGCCGAUGACGGCUACCGCUACAAGGCCGUACGUCGUCUGAAGUACCGUCCCCGUCGUGAUGUCAACGAGCUCCCUUCCAACGAUUAUCUGCCACCAGCAGCCAGCGCUCCCGUAGCUGUUGCUGAGGAACAAGUAUACUUUGCACCACAAGAAUCCGCCGUCCUCGCCGAUGACGGCUACCGCUACAAGGCCGUACGUCGUCUGAAGUACCGUCACCGUCGUGAUGUCAACGAGCUCCCUUCCAACGAUUAUCUGCCACCAGCAGCCAGCGCUCCCGUAGCUGUUGCUGAAGAACAAGUAUACUUUGCACCACAAGAAUCCGCCGUCCUCGCCGACGAUGGCUACCGCUACAAGGCCGUGCGUCGUCUGAAGUACCGUCACCGUCGUGAUGUCAAUGAGAUCCCGUCCAACGAUUAUCUGCCACCAGCAGCCAGCGCUCCCGUAGCUGUUGCUGAAGAACAAGUAUACUUAGCACCACAAGAAUCCGCCGUCCUCGCCGACGACGGCUACCGCUACAAGGCCGUGCGUCGUCUGAAGUACCGUCACCGUCGUGAUGUCAACGAGCUCCCUUCCAACGAUUACCUGCCACCAGCAGCCAGCGCUCCCGUUGCUGUUGUUGAGGAGCAAGUAUAUGCUGCACCACAGGAAGCUACCGUCCUCGCCGACGAUGGCUACCGUUACAAGACUGUGCGUCGCCUGAAAUACCGCCAACGUCGCGUUUAAAUCAGCAUACUUUUAGAUAUCCUG